AUGCACCGCGCCCAGCAAUCGUUGCAACGCGCCCAGCGUCCGUUGCACCGCGCCCAGCAUCCGUUGCAACGGCCCCCAGCCAACGCUGCACCGCGCCCUGCCUCCGGUGCAACGGCCACGGCCAACGUUGCAUGGCGCCCUGCCUCCGUUGCAACGACCCCAGCCAACGUUGCAACGCGUCCGGCAUCCGUUGCAACGCACCCUGCCUACGUUGCACCGAGCCCAACAUCCGUUGCAACGGCCCCAGCCAUCGUUGCAACGCGACCUGCCUCCGUUGCAACCCCCUCGGCCAACGUUGCAACGCGCCCGGCAUCCGUUGCAACGGCCCCCUGCCAACGUUGCACCGCGCCCGGCAUCCGUUGCAACGCCCCCAGCAUCUGUUGCAACGGCCCCCAGCCAACGCUGCAACGCGCCCUGCCUCCGGUGCAACGGUAG